AUGAAUUAUAUAUUGUUUUUCUUCUUGAUGCUGAUUCCAUACAAAGCGGCGUCACCGGUGUGCAAGGAGUUAUACAGUUACAUCGAGAUUCCGGAAAACAUCCCCGUUGGGACUCUCGUGAAGACACUGGAGUGUGGGAGACAGUACACCGACUCCACGGGCCUAAACUACGCCAUCGGUCAAGGCAACAUGCACGGGAAAUUCUGGGUCAACUCAACGAACGACGUCGGUCAAGUUUACGUGUUCCAGAGCAUCAGUUUUGAAUCCCGCACGGACCAUUUUCACCUUUCAAUCGAAGUUUCGGAAUUCUACCAGAACGAGCACAAGUCAACGACUUACGUGCUAGACAUCCAGGUAACGGGGGUCAACGAUUACGCGCCCUUGUUCCUUUUCUCACCGUACACAGUCUACGUUAACGAGGACAAACGCCCCGGGUCCGUCAUCUCAAACCCGAUACCGUACGACUUCGAUAAAGGCGCCGACGGAGUAACGACGUCAAUUAUCAUAGAUGGUGAUGAUGCGCUAUUUUACAUGGAUCCGCGGACGGCGCGCGUUUAUCUCCGUGACUGGCUGGAUUACGAACGUCAGCAGGAUUACGUCGUUACAAUUCAAGUAACGGACGACGGCCUGCCUACCAGGCGUUCAUCAACCACACUUCUCUAUAUCAACGUCAAGGACGUUAACGAUAAUCCUCCGGUAUGCGAUGAAACCUACGCAACGGAAACGUUCGAUGAACGUAAGGACGCUGGUUCUGUCAUCAGAUACGUUAAAUGUGAUGACGCCGACUCCGGAAACAACGGAAGACUGUCGUACACAAUCAUGGAAGGAGACUACACUAAGUUCCGCAUGCAGGGCCCAUACUUGGCCUUAGAAAAGCCAAUCGACGUAGAUCGGGAACCAAACAUUUGGCCCGUGUCAGUUGUGGUACAGGACCGAGGCGAUCCGAGACUGUCCGCCAUUGUGGACAUCGUCAUAUACGUAGAAGGGGUAGAUGAUAAUGCCCCUGUUUGGUCACAGCCAGAGAACGGGCAUUACGUCGUCGACGUGGAGGAGCACUCGCCCAUCGGUAAGCACGUGGUUCGCGUUUCUGCUGAUGACGUCGACAGUGACGAAAAAGACUCGGUCAUCACUUACUACAUCGACGACUACACCAGAAUAUUUACGAUCAAAGCUAUGACAGGUGACAUCUACCUACGUGAGUCUGUGGACCGUGAACAAGGCUCGGUUCACAUACUUCCGGUAUCCGCCGUCUCCUAUAACAACCCCGCCAACAGAAUCACCACACAAGUAAUCAUCAACAUCGUGGACAUCAACGACAACACGCCAACGUUUGAAAAGGACGUGUUCCAAUUCUAUGUGCCCGAGGAUCUUCCCACCAAAAGUGAGAUCGCCAAUGUCACGGCCGUUGACCUGGAUGACGGAUCAAAUGGAGAAAUAACACAUAGAAUUAUCGACACAGUUUCUCUUUUUGCCAUGGACUCGAAAACUGGACGUAUACAGUUAAUGGGCACCUUUGACUACGAAAUGAAGACUUCCCACAUUCUUUACAUGGAGGCCUCCGACAGGGGGAGGCCAUCUCGAUGGUCAACUUGUACAGUAAUUGUGUCCAUUCUUCCAAUCAACGACUUUGAACCAAUUUUCAAAGAGAUGGGCGCAGUUAACAUUCCAGAAGACACGGCUAUUGGAGAAUCGGUUUUCAAAGUGGAAGCAACUGAUGACGACCUCGGAGUAGAUGGUGACCUGAGUUAUCGAGUUGGGUCAAAUAAUGAUAAAUUCAUAGUUGAAUCUAGGACCGGGAUAGUGAGACUUCUAUCAACGUUAGAUUGGGAAAAUGAACCCGAGUUAAGUGUCUCUUUUGUAGCAUCUGACAAUUCAGAAACAAACCAAAGAUCAAGCUCUCUCGUUGUCAACAUAGCUGUUCAAGAUAGAAAUGAUCAUUGGCCAGUUUGCGAGAAAAACUUUUACGCUACAACUUUAUCACCACCUUUGCAAAGUGGAGACAUUGUCCUUGCUUUAAAUUGUUCGGACGCUGAUUCCCAAGCUUAUGGGAAGUUGUAUUACUAUAUCACUUCAGGCAACACCAACAACGAUUUUUCUAUGUCCUCUGAUGGAAAACUUGUUGUCACUCGGAAACCUACAUCAGCGGAAUAUCUUCUUGAUAUAAGGAUCGUAGAUAAUGGUGGACCUGCUCUCGAAACUGACGUACAAGUUUCUAUUAAAGUAGGAGGAACGCCAAUCAUAACGAAUUUGCCAGGACAGAUUACAAUACUUGAGAAUGCAACAAUAGGAACACCAGUUUUCAUUACAAAAGCCACUAGCGUGUCACAGUUAAUUAACUAUGCCAUUGCGAAAGUGUCACCAAAUGGGUUUGAUUCUGACAUACUUAAGCAAAUGUUUAAGAUGGAUCCAAUAUCAGGCCAAUUGUAUUUAUGGAAAAGUCUUGACAGAGAGAAAAUCAGCAGUUAUGAAGUUGUUGUUAGAGUGACAGAGGAAAUAAGCGGCAUUGUUGACCACGCUCUUUUGCACGUUUAUGUUCAAGAUGUGAAUGAUAAUGUUCCGAGUUUUGAAAGAACGUUUCACAAUGUAUCUAUUGUGGAAAAUAUUGAGCCAAACAAAAGUCUCCUAACAGUCACAGCUAAUGAUCUAGACGAGAAUGAAAAUUCAAAAAUAACUUACGCAAUACGGCCUGGCAAUGGAGAAAAUGUUUUCAGGAUUGAUGAACGCGGACAAAUAUUAACAAGAUCUGCUAUCGACCGAGAAAUUGACGAAUUUUUCACCUUAGUAAUUACUGCAACCGACAAUGGCAAAACUGUUCGUCAUACGGGUACAACGACAGUUUUGAUAACAGUUAUUGAUAAAGACGAGUAUGCCCCUGAGUUUAUAAACAUUGGAUCAAAUUUGGAAAUAAACUUAAAGGAAAACACACCUAUAGGUGUAAAAAUAUUCGCAAUGCAAGCAAGAGAUUUAGAUGCCCUUACUUAUGUAAAGUAUACCAUCAUUAACGAUCAAGCGAAUAACCACUUUGUAAUCGAUACUGAAUCUGGAGAUAUAUUUCUGGCCUCUUUUCUUGAUCGUGAAUCCCAGGACGUUCAUGAAAUUGUUGUAAAGGCAGAAAGCCAGGAGCAAGUUGUUUCAGGGACGGUCACAGUAACAGUCGAGGAUAUUAAUGACAAUGAACCGAUGUUUUUAGCGAAUGUGUACAAAUUUGAAGCCGAUGAAAAUGCAAGAGAGGGCACAUGGGUUGGAAAUUUGGUCGUGACAGAUGAAGACACCGGCGAUAACGCCCUGAUAGAAACUAGGAUUAUGAAAGGAAAUAUUGGUGGUGUAUUUCAGCUGAGAAAAGUAAAUGGAAGUCUUAUUUCUCUGUAUACGGUUGGUAAGCUAAGCGGUAUGGUGAUAAAUGAAUACUUGCUUGAACUCGAAGCAAAAGACAAGGGUGUUCCAGCACUCUCAUCUAGAGCUUCUGUUAUAGUUCAGAUUGUACCGGAACACAAACUCCCUAAAUUUGCAACGGAUUUGGAAGUGAUACAUAUCCCAGAAAAUGUUCAUUCUGGGCGAUCAAUAUUUGAUGCUGAUGCUACUCUGCAUGGUGCAAUUGAAGGCCAAGGAAAAGACAUAGUGUAUUUCAUUGUUGAUGGAAAUACAGAUGAACAUUUCACGAUUCAAAGAGAACACGGUGAAAUAACAAUCGCGCAGAGAUUUCACGAGAUUUUCUCUAAGAUAUCUUAUACUCUUCAGAUUGAAGCUCGAAACAUAUACGAUCCAUCACUAAAAGACAAACAAACCCUGAAAAUAGAUAUUGAAGAUGUGAACGACCACUCUCCGGUUUUUGAAAAGGAUAAUUAUGAGCUUACUCUUAAAGAAAAGACGCCAAUAGGUUUUCAGAUUAUCGCUUUAUCAGCAACAGAUAAAGACAGAGACAAUAACGCAUACUUGGCAUAUACUCUCGAACAAAGUGAGGAUGCGACCUUCUUCAAGAUUGAUCCUUUCACAGGAACCUUGAGUGUUAAAAGGGUUUUAAGCUACAGCGAGUCAACAAGCUACGUAUUUAAAGCUGUUGUAACUGAUCACGGGUCUCCUGCGAGAACAGGAACUACACGAGUUCAAAUUGCUAUAAUUGACAUAAAUGAUAAUGCACCGAAUUUCAACAAGGAAAGAACAACUUUACACGUGAAAGAAAAUUUUGAAAUCGGAAGAAUUUUCCACAGAGUCAAUGCCUAUGACGAUGAUUUUGGAAUAAAUAGUGAUAUUAUCUAUAAAGUUGUCUCUGGUAACGAACAAGGUACAUUCGCGGUUGAUUCAGACACAGGAGAAGUUAAACUAUCAAAAGAAUUAGAUAGGGAAACUGUUGAUACAUAUACAUUUGUUAUAAACGGUGAAGAUAAAGCUAUACCAUCCCUUACAGGAUCUACAACAUUGGAUGUCGUCAUUUCUGAUGUCAAUGACAAUAAACCUAUAUUUUCACAGAAAGAAUACUCAGCAUCAGUUAACCGUUACGCCCAGCUAGAAACGUACGUAUUAUCAGUCUCUGCGCAGGACACGGAUGCGAAUAAAAAUGCUUUAAUCGAUUACCAAAUAGUUGAUGGUCCGCCAGGAAUAUUUCAAAUAGAUCCGAACCAUGGCCGUAUAUACACUUUUUCAGAUCUAUCACUUUUUGAAAACACCGUCCAAUUAAAGGUAGAGGCUCGAGAUAGAGGAUUUCCAAGACUAUCCAGUGCAGUUGACAUAUUUAUCGAAAUAAAGCCUCCACUAAUCCCCGAAAGAACGGAUUUUGAAUUCGAGGUGUCCGAAUACACCAAUUUGAACACGUUUGUCGGGGAAAUUUCUUUGCCAGGAACGUCUCAUUACUCCAUUAUGGGUGGUAACUACAAAGAAAGCUUCAGAGUCAGUGAGCAAGACGGUAAUGUUUUUGUUAGCGCUUUGUUAGAUCGCGAGGAGUACUCGGAUUAUUUUCUGAUUAUAAGAGCUGUUUUAACUGCAAAUCCAAUUAUUCAAAAGGACAUCAAUGUUCACAUUAAAAUAACGGAUGAAAAUGACAACCCGCCAUAUUUUGAAAAUCCCUUAGUUCAAAUACAAGUUCUGGAACAUACACCUAUCGGUUUCACAGUAGCAUCAUUCCGUGCUGUAGACAAUGACUCUGGAAAAAACGCAGCUCUUACCUAUGGAAUCGUCGACUCGGAAGAAUAUGGUGCUCAAACCUUUUUUUCUAUUGGAGAAAACGGUUCAUUAAUAGUGCAGUCUACAUUGUCAUACGAAUCAAUAGAUUUCUUAAACUUUUCUAUAGCUGCAGCGGAUAGUGGUAUAUUCCCCAAAACGGGAACAACAAAUGUACAGGUGACUGUUGUUGAUGUGGUUAUUAGUAGUGGGCCAGGAACUGUAAAGGAAUCUUAUAUAAUAAACUUUGAGAUACCUGUGUUCGCUUACAUUGGAUAUACUUUGGGAUGCUUGAAGCCUAAGAUGUUCCAAAUCGUUGGUGAUACAAAGAAUGUUAGAUACAUAACAGAUGACCAAGACGGACUAUUUGACAUUAACAGAGACACAGGUUGUAUCAAGCUUACCAAGUUUGUAGAACUAAAGGAGGGAAUGCACUUUCUCAUGUGGGUUGCAGCAACAAGAAUGUCUGGAGAUAAUCCCAAAGGAAGUAUUGCAUUAGUGAGGAUAGAUGUAUUCAAUCCAAAUCAACACGUUGUGAUAAUUACGCAUUCGGUUGGCGGUGAUGUAUUAGAAAUGAACAGGGAUCUUCUAUUAAAUAAAUUACAGAAAAUAUUUCCUCAAUAUGUUCCAAAGCUUUGGAAAAUCGAAGAUAGUGAAAACCUGAUUAGAAGGAAACUAUUGACAACGGGAUCUAAAUCCUACAUUUACGUUCUAAGGGAUAAAAGAACGAAUUCUUUAGGCGGAAUAGAAACUACGAAACAUUUCGUACUUCAGGAAGAACUAAUGCAUGAACUGACAGAUUCGGGAGGGGAGUUAUCCCAUGAACUGACAACGGAAGAUUUUGAUACGUUUCCUGUUAGUAAAGUAGAACCAUACAGGGAGAACGAUUCUUUGGCCAAAACCUGGCCUCAGACAGAUGCGGGGAAGAUGGUCCUAGGAAUCGGCCUGGCGUUCAUUGUGUUCGCUAUUUUGAUGGUUAUUGUAAUCCAUGAUAUCAAGACCAAGAAACAUUCAAGAAAAACAUCUGUUCUUGAACCAAGUUCUACGUUGCAAGUUCCACCAAAUUCUCCCCAAAUCGAUCCAAAGUACAACAAUUUCAGAAGAUCUUCGUCUGCUGCGGAUCUGCUGCCACUUAUGAAUGCACUAAAGAUACUUAGCAAUAUGAGCGAGAAGGAUAGGAACAAACUUAUUGAACAAACACUCAAGUCCAAAAAAUCAGAUGAAGAUAACAGAAUGGCCAAGGCGACGUUUGCUUUGAAUAAGAUGAAAACAGUGCCAGAUAUAAACGUUUCACACAUAGAUGAGCUUAACCCGAUACGAAAGAUUUCGAACGAAGAUGCUGAAGACAAAUUUCGGUCUAAUAAAGCGAAGGCAAAGAAGAUCAAUUUGAAACACAAGCAGCAUGCUCGAACGAUCUCAACACAGUCGGAGCCUUUAAGAGUUAGCCAUUCCUCUUGCGUGAUUCCGAACAAGAAGCUAAGCGCCCCCACGCCAAUAUCCAAUCACUUCAAAUCACCACUACCAGACACAGAAAGCCUUUCAAGCAUUGAACUGGACCCUACGGAAACUGGAGAUGAGAUUGCCUCGGAGGCGGAAAAGCAUUCCAUCACUGGACAACCGUAUGCUUGUAAUAACGCUCUUCCUAAACACGUCAAUGGGCAGAUCAUUAUCGGUGGGAAAGAGUAUGACGGUGUUGGAAAAGAUACAAAAACUGGUGGAAAAUAUUUGUACAACACAAGCACCGGCGAAAAGCUUCACGUUAAUGAUGAUGUUCUUCGGAGAGCUAUAGAACAAAGAAAAAGCGUGGUAGAAAUUGAGCCACGAGAAGCGAGGAAAAGCACAUUUAAACGACCAAUAUUGAAAAGAAAAACCAGCAGGUCACGAUUUAGCACAACAACUAUCUGGGAAAUGAAUGUUGACCAAGACCCCAAACUUCCUUGUGAAACGGAGAGUGAGAAUGACAGUGUAUUUGCAGAAACUGAAAGAGACGCUGGUUCUGCGCGAAAGAGAAGGGUUGGAAUUAUAGAUCCCAAAGAUAAAACUCAGGCUCUGACUGUGCACAGCCGUAGUCGAAACAAUUCCGGUGUAUCGGAUGUUUCAGAAAUACCAUUGAGUGGUGAUGUGGCUUCAAAACCAAACAGCCCAAAGCCGUUACCUCAGAAGAAGAUUUCAGAUGGGAGCAACGCAAGUGUCGGUCAAAAUGGAACUUACAGCGACGAUUUCGAAGAAGACAGUGACGACCAAAAAAUAAGGAGAAAAUCUAGUGCAAACGAUAAAUGGGACAGUAUUUUGAAAACCACUGGUAAGGCGUCCGUUGAGAAAGAUACGGACGAAACGAUCGCUGAUAAAUGGUCAAAAGCCCAAAAGGUCGUUCGCUUUGUUAGACCUAUUUACAAACCAUUAAACCUUGAAAAUGUUACUUGCAAGGUACCUAAGGGAAAGUCUGAUCCAAAAGAUUGUUUAUCGAAGGAUCCAGUUUAUGCAGGAUGGGCGAAAUUGGUUGGGCGGCGAAUGAAAGCAAAGGUCGUGAAGAAAAGGGACGGCGAAGCAAGGACGGUGACUGUGCGUGAAGGACGGUCUUUGCCCGCUAACCUUGCACAAAUAACCAAGCCACUUGAUGUAUUUUCAUACACUAAAACGGUAUCUAAGCAAGCUCCACCCCAUCAAAACAAGAGGUUUAGUAUUGAUAUCCGUAACGCAGAGUAA